AUGGCGGAUCCAAGUUCUCCACAUUCUAGGAUAUACCAGAAAACACCUGUUGAACGAAAGCUUGACUACCUCAAUAGUCUGCUGGCAAGGCGCGAGCAAAGCAUCGUCGCGCAGGAUUUCGUUGCAAGACAGACGGCGGAUGAAGAAAAAUUGAAGCGGUUAGAGGAAAAGCUUGUGCAGCCGUAA